AUGUAUAUAUACAUAUAUAUAUAUAAUAUGUGUGUUGAAAGUAUUUUUCUUUCAUUUCUGCGCUGCUUACAGGUGAAAGUGUUUGGUACGCGAGUUCGUGUGGAUUCGGUUGCAAAAGUUGCGGAACUGGAGGUGAACAAAAUAGCAGCGCAUAAAAUUAAUGUGUUUAUCAAUCGCCAGCUUAUCUACAACUAUCCGGAGCAGCUCUUCGCUGAUAAGGGCAUCAUGGCAAUCGAGCAUGCCGACUUCGAGGGAAUCGAAAGAUUGGCGCUUGUUCUUGGUGGCGAAAUAGUUUCAACGUUCGAUACACCGGAGCAAGUUAAACUUGGUUCCUGCGAUCUAAUCGAAGAGGUUAUGGUUGGCGAGGAUCGCAUGUUACGAUUUUCGGGCGUUCCGAUUGGUGAAGCAUGCACUAUCGUAAUACGCGGUUCUACCCAGCAAAUUCUUGAUGAGGCAGAACGUUCGAUUCACGAUGCGCUUUCAGUUUUGGUCACACAUGUCAAAGAUCUGCUGACAGUUGCCGGUGCCGGGGCUUCCGAAGUGUUGAUGAGUACUGCUGUGAUUUUCGAGAGUCAAAAGGUUGCUGGGAAGGAAUCGCUUGCAGUAGAGGCCUUUGCUCGAGCAUUGGCGCAGUUGCCAACAUAUAUCUGUGACAAUGCCGGUUUGGAUAGCGCUGAUAUCAUAUCAAAGUUACGUGCUGCUCACAGUGCCGGCAAUCAUUCGAUGGGGAUUGAUAUUGAGAAUGGCAAGCCGGGCGAUGUCGUUAAAAUGGGCAUCAUCGAAUCACUCACUGUGAAAAUGUGCAUGAUCUCCAGUGCAGCAGAAGCUGCUGAACAGAAAUGA